UUUUUUUUUUUUUUUAUUUUCGUUUGACUCGAGCUUGCGAGGGAUACACUGUCACGGAUGGCGCAUCCUCGUUUCGCUCAUCCUGUUAAAUCUCAACUUCACUAGACUAGCAGCUGAGGCUUGGCCGUCAUCGGAACUCAAGGUUGCCCUCCGAGCUGGCGUUUUCUCCCCCGGAAAAAAAUAAAGGCACAUCAGGAGUUACUUAAAAAAAAUCAACUAAAAGCCUACACGCCAAGGAUAAUUCAUCAUGUCGACCACGGCUGGAGCCUUUAUAGCCGGCGCCAUUGCUGGCUGCGGCGCCGUGACUGCCACACAUCCUUUCGAGACGGUCAAGAUUCGCAUGCAGCUGCAGGGCGAACUCCGAGACAAGGGACAUCAGCCUCACUUCUACCGCGGACCCUUCCAUGGCGUCUCCGUCAUCGUCCGAAACGAGGGCCUGAGGGGCAUCUAUCGCGGCAUCAGCUGCGCCUAUGUCUAUCAAGUUCUGCUUAACGGCUGCCGCUUGGGCUUCUACGAGCCGAUGCGCCAAACCCUGACAGGCCUUUUCUACAAGGACAAGACUCAGCAGAGCCUGGGCAUAAACAUAUUCUGUGGUGCCUCCUCCGGUAUUAUCGGUGCCGCUGCCGGAAGCCCCUUCUUCUUGAUCAAGACGAGAUUGCAGAGUUAUUCGCCAUUUCUGCCCGUGGGGACACAACACGAGUACAAGAACGCUGUGGAUGGAAUGCGACAGAUAUACGGCGCAGAAGGAGUCAAGGGCAUGUACCGCGGAGUGGGGUCUGCCAUGAUCAGGACCGGCUUCGGCAGUUCUGUCCAGCUCCCGACAUACUUCUUUGCCAAGAGACGCCUUGUCAAGCAUUUGGGCAUGGAGGAGGGGCCGGCACUUCACCUCGCAAGCAGCACGACUAGCGGUUUUGUCGUCUGCUGCGUUAUGCACCCGCCAGACACCAUUAUGUCUCGCAUGUACAACCAGACUGGAAACCUUUACAGCGGUGCACUUGACUGCUUUGCAAAGACAGUCCGGACCGAGGGUGUUUCUGCCAUCUACAAGGGAUUUCUGCCACAUCUCGCCCGUAUUCUCCCACAUACAAUCAUCACACUAAGCUUGGCCGAACAAACGAACAAGCUGAUCAAGAAGUUAGAAAACCGGGUUUUGCCAACCGAGGCCUUGUGACAUCGGUAUCAGGGAAUAUAAAGGGUGUAAUUAGAAGUUUCCUCAUGCAGAACCGACGGGGGCGUCGCCGAUGGAUUUUGGCGUUAGAAAAGCGCAUUUGUACACGGUGCAUAAAAUCAUGGUAAUGACGAGAUGGUAUAGACCGUUGCUCAGGGUUGGGUUGUACAGAUUCUAGGCUUAGCGGUGGUGGAUAGGAAUAUACCCCCAAAGCCUUGUUGUUUUUUUUUUAAAAAAAAA